AUGAGAAACAAGCUCCAAUGUGAACCCGCGCUGCAAUCAAUUGCAACAAGUUUCUACCUGCCACCAAAUGCUCUUGCUGGCCAAAGUGAAUGGAAUCUGCACAUGUUCAAGAUAUAUGAUGUUUUGGAAAUGGCUGAAAGUUUGAGAAACUUGCCUAUUUACAAGAAGGACAGUUUUACUCAGUUCGUCCCUCAUUCUCGAAGUACUGAAUCCCGAAUUACUUACGUUUGUACCUCCAGCCGUAAUCGGUCGUGGGUCAUUAAUGGAGGUCGGCAUAUGUUUUAUGAUUUAAGCCUUGAUAGCAAAAGGGAAGAGUACAUUUCUUCUCAGACGGGGAAAGAUGAUGUUGAGUGCCCUCCAAAUAAAAUCCCUCGUCUAAGUGCUUUGUAA